AGUUGAGGACUCCCGUGCGACCUCCGCGGAAAGAUGAACGGGACGCGGAACUGGUGUACCUUAGUGGACUUGCACCCGGAGGGCCAGACCGCGGGCAGUGUGGACAUUCUCAGGCUGACCCUCCAGGGUGAACUGACAGGAGAUGAACUUGAGCACAUAGCCCAGAAGGCGGGCAGGAAGACUUACGCCAUGGUGUCUGAUCGCUCCUCUGGGCAUGCUCUGUCUUCAGAACUGGUGGAGUCCCAUGAUGGGCACGAAGAGAUUAUUAAGGUGUACCUGAAAGGGAGGCCUGGAGACAAGAUGAUCCAUGAGAAGAACAUCGACCAGCUGAAGAGUGAGGUCCAGUACAUCCAGGAGGCCAGGAACUGCCUGCAGAAGCUCCGGGAGGAUAUAAGUAGCAAGCUUGACAAGAGUCCAGGAGACCCUCUACAGCGGCAGGAGAUCCAGGUGGUACUAGAAAAGCCAAAUGGCUUCAGUCAGGGUCCCACGUCUCUCUACAGCAGCCCACCUGAGGCUGACACCUGCAUGAGCGAAGAUGUCGAGAGCUUGAAGAAGACCGUGCGGGAAUUGCUUGCCAAGCUGCAGGAGGCCGAGCAGCGACACCAGUCAGACCGUGUGGCUUUCGAGGUUACACUCAGCCAGUAUCAGCGAGAGGCAGAGCAGAGUAAUGUGGCCCUUCAGAGAGAAGAAGACAAAGUGGAACAGAAGUCGGCAGAAGUCGGGGAGCUACAGAGGCGCUUGUUGGGGAUGGAGACGGAGCAUCAAGCCUUACUGUCAAGAGUCAGGGAAGGGGAGCUGGCCCUAGAGGAGCUGCGAACCAAGAACGCUGACUGCCAAGCAGAAAAGGAAAAGACUGCUGCUCUUGAAAAGGAAGUGGCUGGGUUUCGGGAGAAGAUCCACCACUUGGAUGACAUGCUCAAGAGCCAGCAGCGGAAAGUUCGGCAGAUGAUAGAGCAGCUCCAGAAUUCAAAAGCUGUGAUCCAGUCCAAGGACGCCACCAUUCAAGAACUCAAGGAGAAAAUUGCCUAUUUGGAGGCUGAGAACCUGGAGAUGCAUGACCGCAUGGAGCAUCUAAUAGAGAAGCAGGUCAGUCAUGGGAACUUCAGCACGCAGACCCGCGCCAAGACGGAGAAUCUGGGCAGUGUCAGGAUAUCCAAGCCUCCCAGCCCUAAGCCUAUGCCUCUCAUCCGAGUGGUGGAAACCUGAGCUGCGGGAGACGCUGGGAUUCCCUUGCUGUCGCUCAGACCUGCAGAGAAGCCCACCACCUCUGUAGGCCGUUGAUACCGACUGACUUCCCGACCGAACCCUGGUAGCCCCAGGUCUUGGCUCAUGCCCCAGGCUCCUAUCCUCUGCUUGCUGGCAGAUGGAGCAGAAGAGUCUGUCUCCUCGGAACACUGCAGGCCUUGGGAAGACAUUCUCCUGCUAGCAGGAAUAGGACAAUAUUCUUUCUCCCAGUUACUGUCUUUCUGGGUAACCGCUUCCCUGCUGUGUACACUGGAGUCUCGCUGCCCCGAAGCCAGGCCCUCAUCACCUCCAGAGAAGUGACAAAAUUUGUCUCAGCCCCCAAAAGUUGGAAGCACAGCUGUACAGCGACUGGAGAGUGUCCUGAGGGAAUGAAGUUCCUUCUGCAAACAAGGCUCAGUUCUUAGCAACAAACUGUUUGUUUUUCUACUCGGCUCCACCCUGUGCCACACUCUCCUGGGCCUCCCACGGACAGCCAGUGUGGGGUAGCUGGCCAGGCCCAGUCUUAACCAGAGAGCCGAAACUAGACAGCCUUGCCUUUCUAGGGACAAAGGAAUCUACCCUCAGGGAGCAGGUUUUAGCAGGUUCUUCAGGACCAGGAAUAGUUCUUGCGACCUCACUCCCCUGUGGAAGCUCCCAGUGUUCAGGUUUUCCCCUGUGGUAUCCCACCCCUGUGGUAUCCCACCCCUGUGGUGUCCCACCCCUGUGGUAUCCCACCCCUGUGGUAUCCCACCCCUGUGGUAUCCCACCCCUGUGGUAUCCCACCCCUGUGGUGUCCCAAAAGGCACACCCCAGUCUUCCUGACCUGGAGCUAAGAACCACUUCCUCAUCAGUCCGAGCAAAACUGUCGCUGUAUUUAUUUUGCUAAGUUAUUACUGGUUUUGCUUGCAUCUCAUAGCUGAUUUAAUACCAGUGUUCCACAGUCUUCUGCAGAGCUGUUUGGGCAUACCUGGCCGUGGGGAGAGCAUUCUGUUGGCUCCUUCCCUCUAGCUGCUGCUUUUCAUUUCUCCCUCCUGAGUCAGUUUGUAAUUCAGGAGGCUAGUGUCUGUCCCUAAGUGUGUGCUGCCCGGGGAACAGGGAAAUCAUGCUGUUUCAGGGGCAGGGGUGGGAUCUUCUAACCUCUUCACCCAGAACAGUUUCAAUUCCAGUCCCAAGUGUCCCUGCAGCUCAGGGUGUUUCCUGUAGUGUCCUCCAGUAGUCUCAACAGCACUCCAGCACCUGAACGCGGGACCACUGGGACAGCUUUAGUCUCACAACCAGGAGCCUUAAGUCUGUGUGUUUCUGUGUGUCAGGACCAGGCCCAGGGCCUGGUGUGGUCUCUACAGUGUCCUGAGACUUCAGUCUCUACAGAAUGAGGGUGUUGAACACCAUCUCCAUGCCCCUUCAAAUUCUUUUCCUGUCUGUGACACAGUCAUUGUCUGGUGACUUCAAUAAAUUAUGCUAAC